GUCAGCUGCUUGUUUACUAAUCACCUGUGAAGUCCCCUGUCUGGGGCAAACUCGGGACUUUACCACUUGAAGAUAUAAAAUGUAGCACUGAUUUUAUAGAUCGAUCAGUUUGCGUUAUCUCUCUGCUUCGAGAUGAAGUUUAUCGUAAUUUUUGUUAUUGCCUUGUGUGUGUUUACAAUCACUGCUUACCCACUCGAUCAAGUUGAAGAACAAGAUGAACAUCAAGUGACACAUAUCCGGGUUAGACGAGUGACUUGUGAUUUGCUCAGUGCUGAGGCCAAAGGGGUCAAAGUGAAUCAUGCUGCUUGUGCCGCCCAUUGUCUUUUGAAAAGAAAACGUGGGGGCUAUUGCAACAAGAGAAGAAUUUGUGUCUGCAGGAAUUAAUUGUAUUUGUAAAAGUAUUAUCUAGACUGCAAUUUUUUUAAUGUUAAUUUACCUUAUUAUACAAACAUUUAAAUAAAUAAUUUUAAAUUGUA